AUGUCCGACUUUGACGCGUCUACUGGAUCUACAGAAAGCUCUGCGGAGCAUCAUCCUGAACAUCGAACUGGGAAUCAGGUCCCGCUGAUCCAGAAGAUCGCGUUUGGCAUGGGGAUGCUUGGGAAUCAGAUGUUCCCGGCGGCGCUGGGGAUCUUCAUGGUUGUGCUGGUGCAGGGGCUUGGGAUGAGUCCGCUGUUGUGGGGGAUCUUGUUCUUCCUCCCUCGUCUGUCUGAUGCGCUGACUGAUCCGGUGAUGGGGUUCGUGUCGGAUAACACGCGUUCGCGUUGGGGGCGUCGUCGGCCGUACAUCUUUAUUGGGUCGAUCAUCGCGGGCGUCGCGUACAUCUUUAUGUGGCAGCUCGAUCCUGAGAAGAGCGAGAUGUACAACUUCACCUACUUCUUGCUCAUGGCGUUUGUGUUCUAUCUCGGACUCACGAUCUUUGCGACCCCCUAUGUCGCGAUGGGGUACGAGAUGUGCGAGGACUUCCACGAACGCACACGGCUCAUGGCGGUCUCGCAAUGGAUCGGUCAGUGGGCGUGGGUGAUCGUGCCUUGGUUCUGGGUGUUUAUUUAUGACACAGAGAUGUAUCCGGAAGGACCGGCAUCGGGCGCGAAGAACCUCGCGAUCUGGGUUGGUGUGGGGUGCAUGCUGAUGGGGAUGGUCCCCGCGAUCUUCUGUAAGACGCAGCCGGUCGAUGAGAGCAAGCUCAAGGACUUGUCGCUUGGGGCGCUGCGUGAGAACUUGUCGCUCGUUGCGAAGGGGUUUGCGCAGUCGCUGAAGAACAAGCCGUUCGUGCGGAUUUGUAUCGCGACCUUCUUUGUGUUCAACGCGUUUAACACGGUUGCGGGGAUGUCGUUCUUCAUCAUCGUGCACUACAUGUUUGGUGGGGUGACUGGUCCGGAUGGUUCAGCUACUUGGCCGACCUGGUUUGGGGUGGCGAGUGCAUUGGCGACUUGUUUCCUUGUGAUCCCGCUGGUGACGCUGAUGUCGCAGAAGCUCGGGAAGAAGAUGGCGUUCAUCAUCUCGCAGGGGGUCUCGAUGCUUGGGUACGCGGGGUUCUGGUUCUGCUUUGUUCCUGGGAGACCUGAGUUGAUGUUCAUCCCGCUGCCAUUGUUCGCGUUCGGGAUUGGUGGGUUGUUCACGAUCAUGAUGUCGAUGACAGCGGAUGUGUGCGACCUCGAUGAACUGAACACGGGCGAACGGCGCGAGGGUGUGUUCGGCGCGGUCUACUGGUGGAUGGUCAAGUUCGGAUUCGCGAUCGCGGGACUGCUUGGUGGGGUCAUCAUGGAUGUGGUCGGAUUCGAUCCAGGCGCUUCGUCACAGACGACCGAAGCGAUGACCGGGCUGCGGCUCGCGUACUCUGGACUCCCGAUGCUCGGGACGCUCAUCGCGAUCAUCGUGAUGCUUGGGUACGACCUUGACGAGCAGCGGAGCUGUGAGAUCCGUGAACAGAUCGAAGCGCGGAAAGCGGCGUGA